AUGACGAGCACAUAUGUUUCCAACAACGCGACGUCGUCGUUGACCUCGGUAUCCGUGACGCCAACGCCAGCACCAACAUCAACUGAGUCACAGAGUGUGCUUACAACGUGGCCAUCAACGACGUAUACCGUCCCAUUGACAUCAUGGGGGAACACACCGAAUGGGUUCUCCGACUUCAACCUAGGAGAUAAAAUCUUGCAGCUCGUCACUAGUGGUUCCAAUGGCGAGAGAAUUGUCCGUGGCUUCCUAAUGGGUGUGGCACUUGGUAUCAUUCUGGGCGGAGCUCUCUGCUGCUGGGUUCCGUGUUUUGGGCGAGCCAGACAAGAGCGGCGAGCAAGGAGGAGACAGCAAAGAGAGCAGGCUGAACAACAAGCUAGAGAGCAGGAACAACAGCAACAUGUUCCCCGGACAGGACAAGAGAUUGCCACAGAGCCCGUCGAGGGUCAGCAAGGGCCGCCAGAAAGUCAGCCCAACAACAAUAGCAAUAUCAGCAACAACAAUAGCAAUAUCAGCAACAACAACACACCGGCUAUGGAGAGAAGUUAUGUACGUCUGCGGUGGGAUCGAAUGCGACGGCGGCAUCGAUAA